AUGAGUUAUAAAAGCGAAGGGGUCGAAAUAGAAAAGAGCGAUGAAUCAGAUAUUCGUACUACUCCGCAUGAUGGCACCGUAGAAGGAGAACCUCAAGCUUAUACAAUUGUCAAGCGAGAUAAACAUGGUCUACCAUUUGUUCCACAACCAAGUCCAUAUAGUGAUGACCCUUUGGUAAGUGUUGGUUCUCGUUUUCUCGUCUUAAUUAUAUAUCUGGCAAAUCACAGAAUUGGUCCCCAUUCCUCAAGCUCUCCGUUGCGAUACAAGUAAGCUGGCUGGCUUGUCUUGGAAUCAUGAGUGCAGCAUCUAUAAACCCCGCCUUUGUACCGCUUGGAAAGGCUUUCCAGAUCAAUACUGUAGAAGCUAGUUAUGAGCUCACUGUAUUCAUCGUGUUUUCAGGUGUAGGACCUCUCUUCACAACUCCAUUCGCAAAUGUCUAUGGUCGCCGUCCCAUCUACCUGAUUGGAAAUCUCCUUGCCGCAAUUACCAAUGUCAUCGCAGGACAUUGUACUACCUGGUCAGGAAUUCUCAUCACUCGAGAUUUUAAUGGAAUUGCUGUUGGUUCAAUCGAAGCAGUCGGUGCGGCUACAAUAUGUGAUAUGUAUUGUAUGCAUGAAAGAGGCGUCUAUAUGGGAAUUUAUACCUUCUUCUUGACGAAUGGACCACAUAUAGCUCCUCUCACAGGUGGUUAUAUUGCACAGUAUAUUGAUUGGAGAUACUGUUUUACUAUCCCGGUAAGCUCUUCCAUAUGUGUCAGAUAAUGAGAGAAUUCUCACUUACCAGAUACAGGCGUACUUCCAAUUUGCCACAUUUGUUUUCACGAUCUUUUUCCUUCCAGAAACUCUCUAUUGUCACCAAGCACUUCCCAGCACUAAAUACCAACCAAAAACGUACCUCAAUUUGUUGACUUUCAAAAAUACUCGUCUAGCUGACCGUCGCGUCCGUCCUUCGGAUAUUUUGAGACCGCUCCAAAUGUUACGGUAUAUCUCAAUAGUCAUUCCGUCUAUAUAUUAUAUGACAAAUUUCGGAUAUGGAACCGCUCUCUUCGCCAUAACUGGGGCGCAGCUCUUCAAAAAGCUUUAUUAUUUCGAUGUCGCUCAAACGGGGUUGAUGCUCAGUAUUCCUCUCUUGGUCGGUUGCCUCCUUGGAGAAUUCAAUGCGGGCUGGUUGACAGAUUGGAUGGUAUAUCGUUACGCUAGAAAACAUGACGGGUUAAGAAAACCAGAAGCACGAUUAGAUGCCUUAUGGUUUGCUAUCUUGAUCCCCAUAGGCAUAGUGAUUGAAGGUAUUUGUUUGAGUCAUUCUGAGAACAGUAGCUGGGUAGGGGUUGCUAUGGCUAUGGGGAUUGCGAGUUUUGGGUUACAAGUUGCCACUACAGUUGUUUCCGCUUAUACUACUGAUGUAAGUCUUCCCUUUAUUUCUCUUUCCGAUCCUGACUAAGACAUACAGUGCUACAAGCCUCAAAGCGCGGAAAUAUCAACAGUACUUCAUCUUAUUCGAUCGGGUUUCUCUUGCUUGAUAUCUUUCUAUGCGUGAGUUUGUGUUUUCCACCCCAUGGGAGUAUGAUAAGCUAAAACGUGAACUAGGAUUCCACUUGGCGAAAAGAUUGAAUGGCAGUAUGCCUGGCUAAUAUUUGGAAUUAUAAACGUCGGGACUCUCUUUCCGAUGUUUGCACUGAGAAGAUAUGGGAGCGAGUGGAGGGAAUUGAAGUGGCAAAAGCCUCCGAGUUUUCAUAAUGAUAUCUGA